GACAACCGAAUCAUUUUGACGUUUCCCAGAAUUAUAAGAAAUACUGUGCUUGUAAACUAUCUCUAAUUGGUAAUGAUUAUUGAUAUUUAAUUUGUGUAAUUUUAGAAAUUAUUUUAACGAUUUCUAACAAUGGCUACAUCAAGUGACACGUCUGAUCAAAAUGUGAAAUCCAGACGCCCUGCAGAAUCUGCAUUCAAACAACAACGAUUACCUGCUUGGCAGCCCAUUUUAACGGCGGGCACCGUGCUUCCGACCUUCUUCGUGAUCGGUAUUGCUUUCAUUCCCGUUGGAAUUGGUCUACUUUAUUUUUCCGAUGAGGUGAAAGAGCAUGUUAUUGACUACACCUACUGUUUGAAGGAAGAUGAGAAUAUAACUUGUGCUGAAUUUAUAAGACAAAACAACAUGGAUCCAUGUGCUUGUCAAAUACCAUUCAAUUUGACCGAAGAUUUCAAGGGUGAUGUGUACUUUUACUAUGGUCUCAGCAAUUACUACCAAAAUCAUCGUAGAUAUGUUAAGUCAAGGGAUGACAGCCAGCUGCUUGGACGGCUCUCGUCUCCACCAUCCUCAGAUUGUGAACCAUUUGCAUAUGCAGAGGAAGAUGGAAAAAUGAAACCCAUAGCACCAUGCGGAGCCAUAGCUAACUCUUUAUUUAAUGACACCUUAACUGUACACUCCGUGGAUUUAAAUGUGGAUGUCCCUGUGUUGAAAACUGGUAUUGCCUGGACAUCUGACAAAGAUAUCAAAUUUAGGAACCCAUCAGGUGACCUCAAGACUGCCUUUGCGAACUACACCAAACCAAUUAAUUGGCGUAAACCAGUGUGGAUGUUGGAUCCUAAUAACUCAGAAAACAACGGUUUCCAGAAUGAAGAUCUCAUUGUAUGGAUGCGUACAGCAGCACUGCCAACAUUCCGCAAACUUUAUCGCAUUGUUGACCAGCAGGUUGGCUUCAUUGCCGGUCUGGUUAAGGGGCCUUAUGUGCUGAAAGUGGAUUACAAUUAUCCAGUAACAGAUUUUCAAGGUACCAAGACAUUCAUAAUAUCAACGACUUCUCUCCUGGGUGGAAAGAACCCAUUUUUGGGAGUGGCAUAUGUGGUGGUGGGGACACUUUGUUUGUUACUGGGCAUUGUACUACUGGUCAUUCAUGUCAGAUGCUCUAAGAGAUAUCCCCCUCCCCUACCCCACUCCAGCUAUAUUGAACAAGUUCCUAUUCAACAAAAUAUAAAUAUCACUUCCACAACAGAGAUGAUCAAUGUUAACCCACGAACACCAUAUUCUUAAAUAUCAAUGGAAGCAAAAGCAGCAUAUGAAAAACAAGGAAAAAUAGUAGGAGGCUUUGUUUAAGGCUUUAUACAAACUAAAUAUCCCAAUUAUAUAGGAAGUAAUUGUUGUUUCAUAUGUAUUUCAUUACAUAAUAUUAUAUAAAUUAUAUCACAUACAUUUAUCAAUUAUGAAUUUUUAGUAUUUUUAUCUGCAAUUUAUAUAAUACAGAUAAUACAAAUAAAUAAAAAAUAAAUAAAUGUUAUAUUUUCAUAAAAAUAAGAACAAAAGCUUUGAAUGUUGAUUGUUGAAACUAAAAUACAUUUACUUGCCAUCCAUUAUGAAGACAUAACAGUUGUCCAAGUAAAUUUUAACAAUAUAUUUAUGUAUUAGGAAUUUUAAACAUAUAGAGUUUUUCUCACUAGCGCACUUAUCACGGCCUUUUUGAAUAAUUAUGUAACCUGUCUGAAUAAAAAGGUGAUAUUACACAGCAAUUAAAAUAUUUUUUAUUGACGAAAAUUUUGUAGACGUGGCUUUAGAUAUCCUUUAGAGACAAUGUUUAUUGUAUAGUUCUGAUGCUACGCCAUUUUGUUGUUUUGAUAUUUUUACUAUGUAAGUAGUUGAGUUAGGAACUUUAAAGUAGAUUUAGAGUGUCAUAGAUAAUGUAGACGUUAUCAUGUAUUAUUUUGUGAUAAAUGUUGCUUUUUAUUUUUUUAUUUUCGUUCAGAAAUUUUUAACCUUCGUGGAGGUUUCUUUCACGUAUUUUGUAAGUAUUUUUUUUUUUAUGUAAAAUUUUAUUGUAUGUUGAAUUGGACGUGACUAUACAGUAUGAGACAAAAUGUGCCUUGUAGAGUAGUAAUAUAUAAAAUUACAAUUUAAGAAACAAAAUGGAUUUGAUUAAACGAUUUUAAAUUUUUACACCUUUUGCAUUAAUUAACUUGAACCAGAGAACAUUUUAGCUAACAAUCGUUUAGUGAAUUUUCAAUAUUUGAAGCACGUUUUAAUAUACAUAAUAAACACACAUUUUUUGUAAUAAAUCCAUGGUUUUUAAAUAGGACUAUUCUAUGUUUAUAUUUCUAAGUUUUUGACAUUUAAUAAAGUAACAUAAAAUCACACGUAAAAGUAGAUAUAGUCGUGUAUUAUAUUGUGAGGGUAAAGGCCCGUUCACACAAACAACUCUCUGUUGGCAUUACGUGAUUUUCAGGACUAUACCUCAUAAACGUAUACCGCAUCUCAAUACAGAUAACUAAGUAAUUGGCGGCAAAUUGGAAAGUACUUGGAAGCGACACUUAAAUUUUAUCAUAUAUUGUAAUUAUUUUUAAUAUGUACAAGUGAAAAAUAAAACUAAAGGAUAAUUUUUUUUUUUUUUUAAUAAAUGCAUUUAUAAAUCUAAAUUCGUUUACUUAGUUGUUAUCGUUCACGCUUAAUGUAUGUAGUUUCACCAAAUAAAUGUGUAGAGUGAA